ACCGUUUCCCCAAAAUGUGGAUGAGAAUGAAGUCGCCAUGAAGUACUACCCAGAACAGGAAUCAGACUUUGACGACUACCCAGCUUCCUACUACAGAGAUCCGUCAAAAUUCUUCGCAAAACCGGGAUUCGCUGCGGGAUUUGGUGCUGGAUUUCUUCCUGGUUUGGGUGCUCUGGGUUUUCUGCAUUCGCUAAAGUGGAAAGUGGGCGCUGUGACGAUUAUUAAGAUUAUCCUAAAGGUCAUUCUCUUCAAGAAGAUCAUCAAAUUCAUCAUUCUCCUCUUCUUGCUAAUCUUCACCCCAUCACUGUUCUCAAUAUUCACCGGAGGAUUCGGAUAUGGACAAGGAGAUAAUGGGCUCUUCCGGAAAUUUAAUUAUGAAAGAUCAGAUAAUGAAAAGAUCAAUGAUCUUGCCAUGUUUGUCCUCACUUCCAUUGAUUCCUAUCAGAAUGCAAAGGAAUGCCGAGGGCAGGAUGAGGAAUAUGAGUGUCGUCUCAAUCGAAUGUUCAAGAUGAUUGAAGCAAAGUACCCCUUCCAGAAGGCCCUGCAGAACUACCGGAAAAAGAUCAAUGCUGAAGAUCAAACAGAAGCAUCUCCAUCGUGA